AUGUCUAAGCAACUGUCGGGUGCACAAAAGAGAAAUAUAAGGAAACGAAAAUUAGAAGAAUGCAAGCCAAUGUCGCAACAAUUUGUUAAAUGGCUAAGUACAGAAACACUAGAGAACAGAGGAAGUGCGGAAGAGGUCAAACCUAAUACUGCUUCACAAGCUGAUGAUUCAACACUACAUUUGACAUCUACCCCUUCAAUGAACGACAAUUCUCAGAGAAGCAAAAAUAAGGAGCCACUGCAAGAAGUAAAAUCUAUUACUUCACAAGAUAUUUUACUACAGUUGCCCCAUAAUAAUUCAAAAGAGGACGAGCCUGCACAAAUUGGGUACAAAACUAGAAAUGAAAUCUUACGCAGAAUUAAGAAAGCAAAGUACUACACCAUUGUAUUCGACUGCACCCCCGAUGUUUCAAGAAAAGAACAAAUGAGUCAGAUGAUAAGAUAUGUCCAUGUUGACUGUAAUGGAAAGUUAAUGAUUGAAGAAAGCUUCAUCAACUUUAUUCAGUCACAUGAAAAAAAGGGAGAAGGUUUAUCGACUGAAAUUUUAAAUAAACUAGAAGUUGAUAAAUUGGAUAUUCAGGAUUUCAGGGGGCAAGGAUUUGACAAUGGUGCCAAUAUGGCUGGCAAAUAUAAAGGAGUUAGUGCACGUAUUUUGGAAAUUAAUAAUUUAGCAAUAUUUGUACCUUGUGCAGCUCAUAAUCUAAAUUUAGCUGGUGUCCACGCUGCACCUACAACUCCAGAAAUGAUUACUUUUUUUGGUAUUGUGCAUAGAUUAUUUAAUUUUUUCUCGUCCUCAACAACACGUUGGGACAUUUUAAUGAAGUGCCUAAAAUUGUCACUUAAAAGUUUUUCUGAUACAAGGUGGUCAUCAAAGGCCAGUGCAAUAAAGGCGCUGUAUUUACAAUUACCUGAAGUAAUGAAAGGACUGCAAACGAUUUCAAAUGAUUUUUCAAAUCCGGAAGUUGUAUCUAAUGCAAAAAGUUUGAUUUUGCAAAUUAAUUAUAAAUUUAUCUGUACUCUUUCUAUAUGGAAUAAAAUUCUGCAAUGCAUCGAUCGAACAAAUAAAGCAUUACAACAGAAAGAUUUGUCAAUAGAUUGUGAAACAAAAUUAAUUGCUGGAUUACUUGGUACAUUACAAGGGCUUCGAGAUACAGGUUUUAAUCAAAAUUUGCAGGAAGUACAAAAAUUGGCAGAAGAAAUGGAGAUUUCUUUCAUCAACCAAUUUUUGAAUAUUCGUAUUCACUUUCUAAUGUUUCGAGUCCAUCCUGAUUUACUUCUGAUCUAA